GAUCAUCUCCUUUCUUUCUUCAAUAGAGAGAUCUCUUGUUCAUCGGCCGACAUCAUAAAAAAACAAAACAAAACUUUGUCUUCGUUUCUCUCUCUUUUCUUCCGACCGAUUUAACCUCACCUCAGUAGCUCGCCGUGAAUCGACGGUCUCACUUUCUCCGUCCAUAAAAGCUAGGUUAGUGUUUUCAUCUGGCUUGCAAUGGCUACAGAGACGGUUGUUCAUGAUCCGAGAAAACGUUCAAUGGAUGCCAUCCACCAACGGCUUCAAAAAGACCAGCUUCGUCAACAGCAACAACAACAGCAAAAGAAUGAGAAAGACAAGAAGAGAGCUUCUGAUGACGCCAAUGUCUCUUCUAAAGAACCACAUAAACCUCUUUCACUUCCUACUCCUCCUACAAAGAAAGCUAUAACAAAAGAUCCCCAGGAUGAUGGUUUUGCUGCGUAUACAAAACUCUCUCAUCCCGUUGAUGAGAAGUUGCUGGCAACCAAUGUUAAGUUGUCUAGUGGAAAGAAAAAUAUAGCUGACAAGGUUUUGCAUACUCUCCUCCGAAGCGGUGACUCUGCUCAAAAGUACUUGCAAGGUAAAAACGAGAAGAAGGUGGAGGAGAACAACUACAUCCUCCUUGAUAAUUUCGUACAGUCACGUUCCUCUUCAUCCUCCUCCUCCGGUUUUAAAAAACCAUCACUGAUGAACUCGAAACGUUCUAAAACCCGUAUGUCUAUGAAGCGUCUCAAGAAAUCUGGCGCUUUGAACUUGCCUCAACAUCUCCAAAAGUUUGAUUUGUAUAAGCCAAUUCAUGGUAUGUGGGAAAGUUACAUGAUGAAACUCAUCAAGGUGACCGGGAAGGCUCAGUUAACCUCAACUCUUCUAUCAGCAGAUCUUCAUGGUGCCUUCAUGUUUGUUGCUGAAUGCAAGAUUGAAUCAUUCACUGGUGUACAAGGCAUAAUGAUCCGCGAGACAUCUCAAACAUUUGGAAUAAUCACUAGAGAGGAUAAACUUCGAGUUGUACCAAAGAAGCCUUCAGUCUUCAUCAUCCAACUCGACUGCUGGAAAAUCACAUUACAUGGAGACAAGUUUACUUCAAGAGACAGUGUUCUUCAACGUUGAUGCUGCAUCAACAAAGCAUCUUGUCUUUUCUCUUUUUUUUUUGUGUGCUCGUAACGUAGUAAACGACUCUUGAUGACCACUGAAGCAUCUUAAUCUUUCCUGAUGUACCUAACAUUAUCUACUGUUUUAUGUUGAUAUGCUAAUGUUUAUUAGUAGAAA